AUGAGGUUAGCUGUGCUCUGCGUGUGCGGGACCCUGCUGGCCUUCUCCACGCCCCCUGGGAACUAUGCAAACCUCAGCAAGGGAGACUUUAAUUGGGGUACAGAAUCUGUGAGCUGCUUGGUAACUAUAAAGCCUGCAGGGAAGUGUGGGGGAGAGGGGAUGGACGAGGACGCAUGCCCCUACCGAGUGACCUUGCCACCGCUGGACGUCAUGCUGCCCCGGCAGCUCAGGGAAUUGGAGAGGACUGUGAAGGAGGUACAGAGGCUAAAGGAGACCGUGGAGCAGCUGAAGAGAGCCUGCAUGGAGCCCCAGACCCAAACCUGGACCAACACCAAAGGCUGUCCUAAAGCCCAGACCACCCAGCCCAACCAGCUCAUCAAGCUCAAUCCCAAUGACCUAUCCAAGAACUGGCUCAACUCCAGACAACAGCACAAGCCUCAGCCCAAAUACCACCAGACCAGGAUCCUUUACUACCAGCUCCAGCCCAAGGAUUACCCUACAACCCCCAGCCCCGACUCCCCUACCCCCAGCCCCAUACCGGAGUCUUCCACCCCCAGUGUGAGAGAACUGCGUGUGAAGACCAGCCAGGUAUCUGCUAGUCUGAAUGACACAAAGGAUACAAGCGGAGGGCCAAAGGUCUCUCGAGGAGGGCAUCCAAAGGUCCGUCCUGGGCUAAACCUGCUCACAGAGAAGGACCAGGUAGGCAGCAAGACUAACAGGACGGAGAACCAGCCUCAAAGCCCUGCACAGAUUUCACCAGGAGUUACCAUGGCACCCAGAGACUGCUCUGACCACAUGGCCAGGGGGGAGAGGAAGAGCAGAGUCUACCAAGUGACCCCUGACCCUAAGAACGGAACCAUUGCAGUGUUCUGUGACAUGGAGUCUCAUGGCGGAGGGUGGACCGUCAUUCAGCUCCGUCAGGAUGGCAGUGUGGACUUCAACCGGACCUGGGCUGAAUACCGGACGGGCUUCGGUGACCUGAUGGUUGGGGAGUUCUGGCUGGGCAACGACCACAUCCACCUGCUGACCCGAAACAGGGUGAUGGUCCUUAGGGUGGAGCUGGAGGACUUUAACGGCAUGAUGGAGUACGCAGAGUACAGGCUCUUCCGUGUGGCUGGCGAGCGGCUACGCUACCGCCUGUCUGUGGGUGGGUACUCGGGCACGGCAGGAGAUGCACUUCAAUUUAGCAAGAGUUACGACCACAACAACCGGUUCUUUACGACUCCUGACAGGGACUAUGACCGCUACCCUUCAGGGAACUGUGGGGCCUACUACAGCUCAGGUUGGUGGUUUGACGCCUGCAUGGCUUCCAACCUCAACGGGAGAUAUUAUGUGGGAAAAUACAAAGGGGUGCGGAACGGGAUCUACUGGGGGACGUGGCAUAACAUAUCCACAGAGUACUACCCGACUAAUGACAGACAAUCUUUCAAGACUGUCAGAAUGAUGAUCAGGCCAAGGGGCUAUGCAAAGUGAUCUACGGCUGGCUCCUCGGUUGGAGUUCUCAGUUGUUGCAAUUCUCAAAUAGGGGGG